UUUCUCCCAGGGGACCAUCCCAAGAUCCGCCGUGUCGAGGGGCAAGUUCCGGUCUCUGGUCCAGCACCUCCUCUGCGAUCCGGAAUUCCGCACAAACUUUCUGCAGCCUGACUGCCCCACCCCCUGCCCGCUGCCCCUCGCCACAGUGAGGGUCCUGAGCCAACUUCACCCUGACUGCACCCGGCUCCUCGAGUCUCUCCUGCCUCCGGGAACGCCCCUCAAUCCAGAGACCCGUCUCGUCUUGGUCAAUGUGGACUGGACUCGGCAAGACUCUGUUCCCCAUGGGGGCGGAGGGGCCGGGGGUCGCGACCCACCAAGGUCACCCCUCCCCCGCAGGGUGGGGUCACGAGGUCGGCGGUGGGCACGGGAUGGGAGGGGUCAGACUGCCUCCCCCCCCACGGCCCAGAAAGAGAACGCUGCAGUCUGUGAAACCAGACGGCUGGUACGGAGACGGCUAGACACGGCGACUGCCCCAGACAGACAGUGGUCGGAGGUCAGAGCCGCAGUGGGAAGGAGCUCGGACACAUGUGAGGUUGUCUCGGACUCUGACUCGGACAGCGGGGAAUCGCUGGCGGCCCGUCUCUGCGGCAAGAGGCCUCACCGUCUGUACCAGAGGACCCAAGCACAACACCUUCAUCCCCACCCUGCUGCAGCACUCCCUCUCCCCACCACCCCCAACACCAGCUCCCCCACCCACUGGGUGACACUGGAUGCCGGAGUGGAGUAAGGGUGCCUGGCCCUGCCUUUCUCCCCUCCCCUGAAUGUUUUCGAGGUGUGUGGGCCGGGUCUGCUGUGUGGGUUUGAUUCCAUUUUGCCCCUCACUCCCUCUCUCUCGUUAAUGAAUCAAUAAAUUGGACAUCACGGCAGAA